AUGACGGUCGAAGAACGUGCAGCGAAGAAGGAGGAGCGCCUUGCGGCACUUGCGCAACAGCAGCGAUGGCGCAAUGCAAAUCGUGUACGACAGCGGCGCUUGGAUACCAUGCAGGACUUGAUUGUCAAGGUGGACGCAGACUUAAUGGAGCCCGGUGGUGCACUUGAGCACUGUUUUGCUGCGCUGCGUGAGAAAAUUACUGGCGAUGGUGCAACCGUGGAAGCUGUAUACUCGGAUCUUGGUUCGCACUUGGUGCAACGUGCGCAAUUUUAUACCAUCGCUUUUGCUCGAAGAAUUCGGUCCGUCUAUGACCCUCUCCAGAAAUUGUGGGCACCAUUAGACGAGGAGCAAAUUCAACAAGAGCCUACGGUACUUUGUGUGCUGAAACCUGACGAACUUUUCGCAAGUAUUUCCGAUGGAACGCUUGUGCCGCGUAUAGAAGCAUGCGGCAAGCUACAACGGAUUGUCGUGUUGGUCGGUAUCGACGCGUACCUCCGCAAAGAGCGGUUGGAGCAGACGCGCGAGUAUACUCGUAUAGUACGGCAGCGCGUACAUCAUCAGAAGUAG